UCAUCAUUUUUACUGGGAAAAAAAACAAACAAAAAAAAAAACAGCCGCUAAAGACGCAGAUGUUUCCCUCACUCAUAGGUGAAGCUAAAAACAGAUUGAGUAUUGAGCUACAUCUGACUCCAAAUGAAUCUUAAUGUUGCUCGGUGGCUUCUGGAUGUAUAAACAUCCAACUGUUUACUAUGAUGCGGAACACAACUACUUUAAAAGGUGAUGAUAUGUCAUGUUGUAAUGUGCUCAGCCCUGGAGCAGACAAAAAGAAAACAUCUAUUAAUACUGGCUUAAACUACAUCUUCAUUUUGGAGAGCCCUCGCACCGACCCCUGAUGGCUCCAGGACCCCACUUUGGGAGCCACUGCUGAAGGCUACCGCUGCCACAGUUAUUGAACUAAUAAUACGGUCUCGGAGGGAAGCGGGUUUUUCAUCAGGAGCAUGAAUCACACUGCUCAGGUCUGCUGCGUGUUACUCAUCUUUAAAGUGGAGGGAGAGAUGCUCGCAGGCAGAGGAAAGCGGCAAGGUGCUCAUCUGACGCGCUGACGUCACCAAAUCUUUGACAGCACUUCCUGGAGUGGCGUUUGUUGUGGGAAAUAACACCGUGGUGCUGAAGCGGAGGACCCAGGCGUCGUUAACAGCCGGAGGACGGCGCAGACUACUACACUAUCCCACCGACAAGCAUGUGGUCGCGCCUGCUUUUGACCGGUAUCAGAUCAGGCAGAUAGAGAAGUGACGGCUAGGACUGAGGAAGGACGAGUUGGAAAUAUUCUCGGACAGCCAGGCAGCAGAGCAGCAGAGCUGAGCAGGGCAGCCGCCGACAGCACGGAGUUGUCGCGAUGCUGUAGCUAAACCAUGGACAGCAGAAUAAAGGAGAAUCCAGAAAGAACAUUUGAGCUGGUUCUACAGGUGGCAUGUCCAACAUCUGAAAAUGAGGAUCCAACCGUGCUGUGGAGCUUCCCCCAGGACCACACAGACCAGGAGGUCCUUCAGACGAUACCAAAGUUCUGCUUUCCCUUUGACGUGGAAAGGGUUUCCCACAAUCAGGUGGGGCAGAAUUUCACCUUUGUGCUGACGGACAUUGACAGCAAACAGAGGUUUGGUUUCUGUCGACUCACUCAAGGCUGCCGGGUCUGCAUAUGUCUGCUCAGUUAUCUACCAUGGUUUGAAAUCUACUACAAGUUGCUAAAUACUCUGGCAGACUACCUAACAAAACAACAGGAAAAUGACUUGAAUGACAUGCUGAAUUCUCUCUAUGAUCUGCCUGUGCCAAAGCCCUUCACGCCAGUCAACCUGAGUGUGAAUGAGCAGUUGUGUAUUGCCAGUGGGCAAGUACUGAGAGAUCGGCGAAGCAAGGAGCCGCACUCCUACUUCAUCGCCCCGGAUAUCAAUGGACUGCCAACUAUCCCUGAGAGCAGGAACCUGACAGAGUACUUUGUGGCUGUGGACGUCAACAACAUGCUCCAGCUCUACGCCAGUAUGCUGCACGAACGGCGCAUCAUCAUUACCUCAAGCAAGCUUAGCACUUUAACUGCAUGUGUCCACGGUGCGGCUGCUCUGCUCUUUCCUAUGUACUGGCAGCACAUCUUCAUCCCCGUGCUGCCCCCGCAUCUUCUGGACUACUGCUGUGCCCCCAUGCCAUACUUUGUGGGAGUUCAUCUUAGUCUUCUGGAGAGAGUACGCAGUCGAUCACUAGAGGAUGUGGUCAUUCUGAAUGUGGACACAAACACCCUGGAGAGUCCCUUUGAUGACCUGCACAACCUGCCCAGUGACGUGGUAUCCUCUCUGAAGGGCAAGUUGAAGAAGCAGUCGACAGCAACAGGAUGUGGCGUGGCGAGGGCCUUUCUUAGAGCGCAGGCCGCUCUGUUUGGAUCCUACCGAGAUGCCCUCAGAUAUAAACCUGGGGAGCCAAUCACUUUCUGCGAGGAAAGCUUUGUGAACCAUCGCUCGAGCACCAUGAAGAACUUCCUGUCCAUGGCUGUCAACCUGCAGCUCUUCAAACAGUUCAUCGACGGACGGCUGGCCAAAUUGAACGCAGGCCGCGGCUUCUCCGACGUGUUUGAAGAGGAGAUCACAGAGGGGGGCUUCUGUGGAAGUAAUUCAAGGUCUUACCAGCAGUGGAUGCACACUGUAAAGAGAGGAGGAGCACUCUUCAACACAGCUGUGACAAAGGCCAAGAGUCAUGCCAAGAGGGGCAUCCGGGACAUUAAGGGCAGGCUUAAAGCAAGGGAAGAAGAAGAAGAGGGGAUGAUGGUCUGUGCAGGGUCUCCCACCAGCACCAAGAGCCUGUCUCCAAGGAGACUGCAGAAGAUGAGACGGCAGCACAACUUCAACAAGUCUCCCAUGAGCGUGGGCCCUCGAGAUCUUGGAUACGGGCUUGAUGAUGAUGAGCUGGACAGGGCAAGCAAGAUCUCCUCGGAGGACAGCGGGGACGUCCCCUCAUACACGGAGGACAGCGAUGAUUCCUACUCGCUGGACCUCGACAUCGACUCCUCCCGCUCAGGAGAGAUGAACCUGCUGGAGGAAAUCUUGGACUCUCUGAACACCUCGACAGUGGAGCAAGGCAAACUGAGCGCUGCCAAGAGUCUGGACUUCUUCAGGUCCAUGGAGGAUUUAGACUACAUGCCCCCGAGCAAGCCCAAAACAUCCAGUGAGUCUCAGGCUGCAGAUGAGAGUAGCUGUGGUGGGGGCGUGGAUCAGGGCGGCUGGAACAUGGGCCAGGAUGACAGCGCGGUCCAUGGAAAACACCUCCCGCCGUCCCCCCGCAGACAGCCCAGCAAGAGCAACCUGAAGGUGUCAAAGAAGCCGGCGACAGCUCCUGUACGGCCCACCAUCACUUCUACACCUCCAGUCCAGGAUGCUGACGCCUCCAAGUCACAUCCUCAUCAGCCCGCCUCUGACCCUCACCCUCUACCUCCAGGGCGACAGCCAGGAGACCGAUACUCCUACUCGCCCCUCUUGUCCCAUAGAGUUACGCCUACGCUGCCAUCUCCCACUCUCUCCCACACCUUCAGUUCUCCAGCAAACUAUUCUCCUGUACCUGCGGGACGGUCUCGGACCAUCUCAGAUCCACAAGCCAGCACGGAGCCUCCUCCGGCCCAGAACCAGACUGCAUCUACCAGCAUCCUCAGGAGGAAGGUGCUGUCCAAGGAGACAGUGAGGCACUACCAGGAAAAGGCCCUUCAGAGGCAGGGCAGCAAGGGCCAUCGGGAGGAUCAGGGGAGCCCGUCGAGGAACAGCCAGUCAGCUAUGCAGGUCCCGUGGGAGAAAGACGUGUCCAAGGAGGGGCUCCUGGGACUCGGCCUGUGUCUGGGUCAGGGUAAAGGCUCUGGGGCAGCUGUGGUGCAGGAUCAAGGCCUCCUGGAGGAGAUUGAGUCCAUGUGUUGCCUCGGCUCAGUCCUCCACAACAACCUGCAGCUCUCACAGGUCCACUGCAACAACAGUCACCACCCGGUCCAGGGCAAAGCCACAGACGAGUCGUAGGGGAUGUCAAAAUGCCAUAGGUUCUACUGAAAUAUAUUCACUUUAACUAGC